AUGUCCUAUACCAGAGCAGAAACUGAAGACCUCCUCGUGAGACUGGAGCGCAGUCUGCAGCGGCAUGCUGAUGCCACCGUGGGAGUUCGGCGGAAGGCUGCCGAGACGGAGGUGUUGAAGGAGCUAGGAGCUGCGCGGGAUCUUCUCUCCAAAGCUGCCCGAGGCGAUCGAGCGCUCCUGGAGGACAUCUUUGGGGGCUCCUGUGAGUAUUUCUGGCGCUACCAAAAUGCCUUGGAUCGCGUCCAGCUCUCCGAGGAGCACGCCCAGGACCCACGUUUGGCAGAACUCCGGGCUGGACUGCAGACGGCCAAGUCGGUGCUCCAGGACGUAGGCAGCUUCAAAGUCUGGCUGUUGGAGAUGACAGCUCCAACGGAGCUGAGUUACGAGGGUCUCGGGACCUGGCCAGUUGAGAGUGUCAAUAUGGAGCCAGUUCUGCAAGGCUGCAACAAGGCCACUGUACGCUUCCUGGCCACCCCGUCGUUGCCUUCGUGCCUGAAGCUGGACCGGACUUCCGGUGAGAUUUCGGGUGCGGUGCAGGAGCCAGAGGAUGAUGCCUGGGCACAGCCUUACACGAUUAUUGCAUCCAAUGCAGCUGGCAUGGCUAGCAUCGAUGUGAACUUCAGUGGGAGGACUUUGCCUCCGAAGAUCAUGAAGUAUGCUGGCGUCUCCGCCGAGACCUCGCAGUGUCAAAUUGGGCAAAAGGUCUGCUGGCUGCCGAAGGCAGCAGGCGGGCUUUGCAGCUGGUCGGUCCAGCCUCAGCUGCCAGAAGGUCUCUGGAUUGAUGAAGAGAGUGGCUGCAUCUUCGGUUCUCCUGCUGCGCCUGCCGAACAUGGUAUAUACACCGUGGUCGCCACAAAUGCAGGAGGGUCUGACAGCUUCACUAUCGAGUUCAGCGUGGAGGGCGGUCGAAAAACUACAGAGACUGUGACAGAGGCAUCUGCACCAGCUGCAAAUUGCCUCUCUUGCGACGGCCUUGGCUGUGGCCUUUGCUCCAGGCGCCAAGCUGAAGAAGCUCUUCGUGAGCUUCAAAGACCAGCUCUCGUGUAUCAACUCGAGUGGCGCAAAGAACGUCGGUCGGAGCACAGAGAUUGGACGUCCCAUUCCUUCUUGCACGCGCUGCUGGAUGACGGCCGCACUAUGCGAAUUCAGCGAUUUGAGGGCUCGGACGACUUUGUCACCUGGUUUUGGCCAGGCGAGCAAGCGGCCGAGGGCACCAUUUACAAGGACCGAGUUGCUCGCGUUGCGGACCUGAAGCCCAAGCUGACUUCGACGGAGCUACAGGAUGUUGCCCAGAUGAAAGCCAGCUGUGAUUAUGACACAGCAUAUCACAACUGUCACCAUUUCGCUCGUGACGUGUGGAAUGCGGUGGUGGUGGCCAGUCUUCAGUGCACACACUAUCCCGACAGGCUUAAGGUUGGGCUACUCCGCGGCGCCAGUAUGCCGCUUCGUGCUGCGGCGCGUGGCUACGAGAAGGCCUCCGCCCGGCUCCAACUCGCAGAGGAGGUACGCCAAAAUGAUAGAUCCCAGGUACCUGGAGCAUUUUCAGAUUCGGAGUAA